CCCAGCUCCUCCCGCUCGGCGCCUGCAGCCGCAGUGACAGGCGAGCCCGGCCCGGUGGCGGAGAGGAAGUGCGGGGCGCAGCGCCGAGCCCGACCCCGCGCAGCGGCUCCCCGGGCGGCUCGGUGACAGUGUCGCGGCCGCGGGGCGCAGCCGGGGCGCGCCGGGCACAGCUGAGCGCCAGGCGGAGGCUUCUUCAGCGGAGACUCGGGGAAAAUGGCUGAUGACUUUGGCUUCUUCUCGUCGUCGGAGAGCGGGGCCGCCGAAGCGGCCGAAGAAGACCCGGCGGCUGCCUUCCUGGCCCAGCAAGAGAGCGAGAUCGCAGGCAUAGAGAAUGACGAGGGCUUCGGGGCACCUGCCCGCGCCCAGGUGGCCUCCGCGCAGCCGGGACCCUCCAGUGGAGCUGGUUCUGAGGACAUGGGGACCACAGUCAAUGGAGAUGUGUUUCAGGAGGCUAAUGGGCCUGCUGAUGGCUAUGCUGCAAUCGCCCAGGCUGACAGGCUGACCCAGGAGCCCGAGAGCAUCCGCAAGUGGAGGGAGGAGCAGAAGAAACGACUGCAGGAGCUGGAUGCUGCAUCCAAAGUGACAGAACAGGAGUGGCGGGAGAAGGCCAAAAAGGAUCUGGAGGAGUGGAACCAGCGCCAGAGUGAACAAGUUGAGAAGAACAAGAUCAACAACCGGAUCGCUGACAAGGCGUUCUACCAGCAGCCAGAUGCUGAUAUCAUCGGCUACGUGGCAUCUGAGGAGGCUUUCGUGAAGGAAUCCAAGGAGGACACCCCAGGCACAGAAUGGGAGAAGGUGGCUCAGCUGUGUGACUUCAACCCCAAGAGCAGCAAGCAAUGCAAAGAUGUGUCCCGACUGCGCUCGGUGCUCAUGUCACUGAAGCAGACACCGCUGUCCCGCUAGACGUCUGCCGGAAUCAUGGCCUCAGAGCAAGGGCUGUGCCAAGCAGAGGAGGAUUGGCUGCCGAGGCCAGGGUGCAAAGUGGAAACCCUCUGGCAGCUGCUGCACACAGUCUAUUCUGUUCCUGUCCAUCUCUCAGGGCUGGACAGGGGGAUCCUUACCCCUCUUGCCCCUUUCCCUCCUGGCCCUAUGGCCCAGCCCCUCAUGCCUUCUGUCAUCCACUCAAUUGUGACUGUCCCUCCUGAUGUAUUUUUUCUUGGCUUAAAGGGUGUGUUGUUAA